AUGGCGCCGAGGAAAGACGGCGAUGUGGUGGUUUCUAUCAAUGGGAAAUAUGUCUCUUGGGGCCAUACUCUCUUUGCGUACGCUGCAUUCCUCGGAGCGUUGAUCGUCGGAGUUGCGCUUCAUUAUCACAAAAUUGUACAAAAUGAACACUAUGGAUAUCCUGAUGAAUGGUUUCCCUCUGUCUCGGCCACCAUUGGCGAUCGAUACCCCGAACGCUCGGUGUUCAUGAUUUUCAUCGCCAUCACUUCGGGCGCUCGGUUUGCUCUGGUUGGGCUGUGGUAUCUUCUCACCAGGAGACCAAACUCGAAUCUCCCAGGGAUCAUCGCCGCUGUCGGGUUGUUCAGAACGGUUACAUGCGGAGGAUGGACAUACGUGACUUCUACGGACGACCAUGACUGGCACGAUAUCUUCAUGAUUUCGUAUCUUGUGGCAACCCUACCAUGGACGCUAGGAUGUCUCGCUUUGAGUCCUCCAAAUGCCAAAGCCGUUAAAUAUCGGAAGGUUUUCGCUGGGCUGUUCUUUGGCACCCUGGUACCUCUCAUCUACUUCUUCAUUCAGCACAAGGUCCAUAGAGUUGCUGGCGCCUAUACGAUCUAUGCAUUUUUCGAGUGGUCGCUCAUCCUAUUCGAUGUGGCUUUCGACGCUGUCACCGCACUUGACUUUGAAACGUUCGAAAUUGUGGUGAAGGACGUGCAGGGGCUCAGUAGAGGGUAUGUGCAGAUGCUCCCGAGAUACUCAAAAGUACGGCCAAGCACGCUCAUCCAAACAUCUACUUUCGACGGACCGUAUUACUGGCCCGCCAUGCUUGACGCUGCCGCUGACAUCUUCCAUGGCUUCGUCUUCUGGUCAAUUCUCACCUCACUAGGUGUUCUCGUCUGGUAUUUCCCACUUUGGCAUAUGGGCAUUUCAGGCUACGAAGUUAUGGUUAUGUCUACAAUCUCACCUCUCUUCCUCGGCAUACCGUUCAUUCGGUCUCUCACUAUUAGAAAUCUCCGAUGGGCACACAUGUCGUCCCUGGUAGGGCUCCUCGCUUGGUUGGUGAAAGACCCUGCGAACCGGUUGUUCACUGUCGGAUUCGCUGUCUGGAUGGGAUGCCUGGCAUGGUCCGCGGAAUGGUACGCUGAACGGAGAGACUCGGCACGACUUCAAAGCAGAAUUUUAGCCUGGUGUAUUGGUUUCAUCCUCUCGAGCAUUGCCAAGUUUGCGAAUCACACCAAUAACCCCAUAUGGCCCAUCCUACACUCGGGCAUUGGAGGCUGGAACAAGACCGGUCUAGCGCUUGCCGUCAUUGCCGUCUGGCGCUCUACACGAUCGAGUUCCACGAGCGGCGGCGACUACAUAGCCCCGAAUGCCAAAAAGGGUUCCAGCGUCCUGGCUGGACUUGGCCUCGGAGGACUGUUUUUCGCCAUUCAUUCCUUGCUCUCAGAUUCCAGUACCAUGAUUUUGUGGGUUUGGGACGGUUACCCUGUCCAAGGCCCGCUAGCAGUUCCCCACGGUGCUCUCACGAUAUUCGUUAUGAGCGCGGGACUGUUCGUAGGAGUUGCGCUUCCCAGACUCCUCGGAUCCUGGACCGCCUACGGAUUAGGAGCUGUCGGCGCAGCAUUUCUCACGUGCUAUAGCAAUUGGCGAGGCUACUAUGGCGGUCUUGCACUGGCGUUCUAUCUGAUGGGAGUUGCUCCUGUUCUGAUUUCUUCCGCCGCUCAACACAACCCCGCUCCUACCUUUGGGCUGGGCUUUUUCCUCUACAACGUGAUGGUUUUGUUCCAUGUCUGGGUCGUUGCAUAUGCUUUCGUGCCGGGUGGACCGCUCGUACGGGAGCACACCGACUGGAUUAUGAUCACCACCAUGUUGAUGAUUGGCGCUGGCGUGUUUUCGGCAUUGACCACCGACUCAGGCCACCAGCAAAAGAUCAAGGCGAGCCCCCGUGGGCGGAAACAGUCGGCAUACUACCUUCAUCUUCUGCUGGCACUUCAGCUAUUGACAGCGUCAAUUGCAUAUCUACGCUUCCCCACAAACGACUAUCAGCCUUAUCACAAGGAUGAGAAGUUGAUUACCGCCGGCAUCUGGACCAUCCACUUUUCACUUGACAAUGACAUGUGGUCUUCUGAGCGGAGAAUGCGCGAUGCUCUCAAGGAGCUUGAACUUGAUGUGGUUGGGCUUCUGGAAUCAGACUUGCAGCGCAUCAUCAUGGGCAAUCGAGAUACCACACAAUAUCUGGCUGAAGAUCUGGGCAUGUAUGUGGACUAUGGUCCGGGCCCUAACAAGCAUACCUGGGGAUCAGCACUGCUGUCCAAAUUCCCCAUCCUCAACUCUACUCAUCACCUGCUCCCCUCACCCGUCGGUGAAUUGGCGCCGGCGAUUGAGGCGACUCUCGAUGUGUAUGGCACCCAAGUCGAUGUGUUUGUCUUCCACUCCGGGCAGGAAGAAGACCCCGAAGAUCGACGCCUUCAGUCCGAGUAUCUGGCACGAAUCAUGAAAGCCAGCCCUCGACCGGCGAUCCUCUUGAGCUACUUGGUGAUCAAACCAAAAGAAGGCAACUACAACACGUACGUGGGCGAGAAGAGUGGCAUGCAUGACAUUGAACCGAGCGACUGGGACCGAUGGUGCGAAUAUAUUCUGUACAAGGACAUCAAGCGUGUUGGAUAUGCUCGUGUCAGCAGGGGGACCAUUACCGACACUGAGAUACAGGUGGGCAAAUUUGUCGUGGGAGAACCAGUUUCAUACUCAGACGAGCGGAUACCUGAGGAACAAGUACCGCCUGGCCGAAGAUUUCCAGCACUGUUCCGUGGAGAGGGUGUUCGAGGGCACAGAUAUCACGUCUUUGAUGAGCCAUGGUACUACGCAUGA